AUGAAGUGGUUUUUGUGGCUUGUCUCGCCAGCCGUUGCAGUUCAUGCUUCAUAUGCAGGACAGCCUACUGAGCUCAAUAUUCGUGCACUACCUGAUGCACCCCACGGAUAUGCCCCAUCUGAAGUCGAAUGUCCAACCCCCGUUCCCAGUGUACGCAGCGCCGCGAAGCUGUCGCCCAGCGAGCUAAACUGGCUCGGCCUCCGGCGACAGAAGACAUUUAAGGCGAUGAAAGACUUCUUCGGCCAUAUUCAAAUCAAGGAUUUCGACGCCGAGUCCUACCUUGAUAAGAUCUCCAGUAACGCCUCGCUCGUGCCUAGCAUCGGCAUCGCUAUCUCCGGAGGAGGUUACCGUGCCCUGAUGAAUGGCGCUGGUGCCCUCAAGGCCUUUGACAGCCGGACCGAGAAUGCGACUGCUAAGGGACAAUUAGGCGGCUUAUUGCAGUCAGCUACAUACUUGGCCGGUCUCAGCGGUGGCGGGUGGCUGUUAGGUUCGGUUUACCUCAAUAAUUUCACUACCAUUUCUUCGCUGCAGACAAAUACUCUCGGAACCCCAUGGCAGUUUGGUAACUCAAUCAUCAAGGGGCCCGAUGAUGGAGGGCCCCUUCUGACCUCUGCAGCCAGAUACUAUGAAGAGAUUGUACACGCCGUGGCGGAGAAGAACGAUGCUGGUUAUCCAACCACCAUCACUGACUUCUGGGGCCGGGCCUUGUCAUACCAGCUCAUCAACGCACCGGAAGGAGGCAUCAACUACACUUGGAGCUCGAUCGCAAAAACCGACAAGUUCCGACAGGCCGAGAUGCCUCUUCCAGUUCUCGUGGCUGAUGGGCGCAAUCCCGGUGAGCACCUUGUGGGUGGCAAUGCAACGGUCUACGAGUUCAAUCCAUGGGAAUUCGGGACCUUCGAUCCCACCAUAUUCGGCUUUGUCCCAUUGGAGUAUCUAGGAACUCGAUUCGAGGAUGGCAUCCUGCCCCGUGGGGGAAAAUGCUUCCGGGGAUUCGACAAUGCUGGCUAUAUCAUGGGAACAUCCUCGAGUCUCUUCAACCAGUUCUUGCUGAACAUCAACUCGACGGACCUGGCGGAUCCCAUCAAGAAAGUCCUUUCUAAUAUCCUUAGCGAGGUCGAUCAAGAGGCGAAAGACAUUUCUAAUUACACAAACCCCUUCUACCUCUACUCAAAGUCAUCGUCCCCCUACGCCCAAUCCCGAUAUCUUGCUGUCGUUGAUGGAGGCGAGGACUUGCAAAAUCUCCCCCUUCAUCCGCUCAUCCAACCCGAGCGCCACGUAGAUGUCAUCUUCGCCGUGGACUCAUCCGCCGACACGAAUAACUGGCCGGACGGAACGGCAAUGGUGGCAACUUAUGAGCGCAGCCUUAACGCCGAGAUCAAUAAUGGCACAAGGUUUCCGUCUGUUCCCGACAGAAACACGUUUCUGAACCUGGGGCUCAACAAUCGGCCGACCUUCUUUGGCUGCAAUUCUUCCAACAUCACUGGGACGCAGUCCGCUGCCCCACUGAUUGUAUACAUCCCCAACUCUCCCUAUAUUGUGCAUUCCAACGUCUCCACAUUUGAUAUGAGCUACAAUAAUACCGUGAGAGACGCAAUCAUUCUGAACGGCUACAACGUCGCUACCAUGGGUAACUCCACGCGCGAUCCAGAUUGGUCGGCCUGUGUUGGCUGCGCCGUGCUGAGCCGCUCGAUGGAGCGCACACAUACUACGGUGCCCACAGCCUGCAACCAGUGCUUCCAACGGUACUGUUGGAAUGGAACGACGGACAGUCACACACCGGCUCCAUAUGAACCAGAGCUCUCGCUUGCAGAAGUGAGCCUGAGAAAUGCCGGGGGUGUCCUGCGAGCGUCCCGUGGAUUGUUCUUGCUGACUUUGCUGGCCUUGUUUUGA